AAACAGGAAACGACCGUCCUUCCGUUGCUAUGCCGGAGACCGUGUGAGUGUGUUGUCUGCUCUCUGUGUGUGGGAAUUUUUACAUAAGCAACAACAGAAGUGAUUUGGUUGGCCACCUGCGGCUACUCCUCCAUGGGAUACUGAUACACUCGUUUUAUACAAAAACUCUAACUAAAGGCUCUGGCAACGGACAACGUACAAGGUCCUUGCAGCAACGUGACAAAAGUCCCCGCACCAAGCUCCCUCAAACGCCGAAAGGCAUGCAACAGAAUUUUACAAAAGAAAUUCAACAAUGGCUAACAUCAAACUCGAUACGCUUCACGUUGCUAGCCCGAGGAGUCGAAGUCGUACUCGAAGCAGUUUAAGCAGUGGACGUAGCAGUGCCUGCAGCUCGGGCAGCAUCUCACCCGUGCCGAUUAUCCCCAUUAUUUCGAUUAGCCGUGAUGGCGAUGAAACCGAGUCUGAGUCGGAAAUUGAAAUGGAGCCGGCGCGUAUCUUUCAGCGUCGUAUGUCCACCAAACGCAACAACAAUCUGGCUGCCAUCAUUAAGGAGGGUUUCCUGCUGAAACAUACUUGGUCCUUUCAACGUUGGCGACGUCGUUAUUUUCGCUUGAAACGCAAUAGUCUAUUUUAUGCAAAGGAUGAAAAGAUGCGAAUGAUGAUGAAUCUAAUGGAGAGUCACCAUGUGCAUAAUGGAAAUAACUGA